AUGGCGAUAUUGACACUACUGACAGGCAUUUGUCGUUUUUUGGUAAUAUGGGGUACAAGCAAGUUAUUUCAAAUAUUGAUACCCAAUAGUUUGAUAAUUCGUGAAAGGGCGACAGGUCCUCUGCCUUCAUUAGAAUAUCUAGAUUUGUCUAAUCUUAGCCUGGUUGAGGUAGAAAGACUUGGUUCAUGUAAAAAAGUACAAUAUUUAAAUCUCCAUGGUAACAAUUUACAAGAUGUAAAUAAUCUACAAUAUUCACCUAAUUUAUGGUCUGUCAAUCUCAGUUGUAACAAGCUGCAAUGUUUAGACGGACUGUCAAGAUUUUUAUGUUUUGGAGAAUUGAUUUUAUCGAACAAUGAUUUAUCUUGGAAGGAAUUAGUUAAAAUACGACACAUUCAUAUCCUUAAUCUUAGUCUCCAUGGCAACCCACAAUUAGAAAAAGACCAAUAUUAUAGAAUCCAUGUUAUAGAUUGUUUACCUAAUGUUUGGAUGUUAGAUGGUAGAAUAGUAACUUCUGCUGAAAGAAUCCAAGUGAAGAAUUUCUUCCAAGAUUCAGCUCUAUCAGAACAUCCUGUGAGACGUAAAUUAACACGAGACUGGUUUAUAACGAGUGCAAUGAAAAAUAUAGAACUUACUGGACUGUUUGGACAGAAGGCUGCCAGUGUUUUAACCAAAUUUCCAGUCUCUGCUGUCCAUAAUAUAGAAAUGGAUAAGAAAAGAUUAUUAUAUCUGGCCUAUAAUUUACAAGAAGACAUGACUGUUACACAAAAAGCUACAAAAAGGAAAUAUGGGAUAUUGAAACAUAAGAAAGAUUUUGUAGAAGAAUUAUUAACUGUAAGAAAUGAAGAAAGAGAAAAAUGUAACAUGCUCCUUAUCAUUCUGGUGGCCUCUUUGGAAUUCAUUCUUCCAACACACCUUGUUCAAGAAACUUUAGAAGUUGCUCAACUACAGAAAAUGGGGAAGGUACACACAAUGGAUCUAUUUUUCUUACCACGAGAUAUUAGAUGUAAAGUUGUAUCUGUAUUGUUAUCAGCUGUUAAAAUAGAUAAAGAUAUUAAAGAAAAUGGAGGUUUAUAUGACAAGUUAUAUCUAUGUUUAUUUUAUACGAUAUGUGAACUCACCAAAAUCAGUCAGUCAAAAACUGUGGACACUCAAAAACCUAAUAAAUAUCAUGCACUACAUAAGGAAUAUAGAAGUCUACUGGCAGCUGAAAUGACACAGUUGUUGUGUAUUGUACCUGAUCUAUUUGAUUAUGUUGAGAAAGACAUGGGUAUAAUCAAUAUAUUGACAAUAGCUACAGGAGAUAGUGAUAUCAGUAUGAUUUUAACUCAAAAUUUACAUCUUGGUACUUUACAAGGGAGAGAUAGAAAGAGUAUAUGUGAAGAGUUAAGUGAAAUAAUACUAACGAAAGUAGAAACUAAUAUGAUGAAUUUAUCUAAUUCUACUCCUAGAUCUAUAGAAUCAGAUGUUAUAAUCAGUAAAAUGAAAGCGUUACCUAUAAAAGAAGUAAAUCUAGCUCUUUAUAAUAGUGACUAUCUAAUGAAAGGUCUACCCAGUCCAGAACAUAGUAAUAUUAAACAAGAUCCUAAUCAACCUAUAGCAGAACUUGGGGAUGAGAUUUUACUGGGACCACAGACUAUAGGAAAGAUAAUGAGUCUACCUCAGCCAGGAAUAGCUCUGAUAUCUAUAGAUGAAGUACCAGUAUCUAAUGGAUCAAUGGAAAGUAAACUAAAAGAUCAAGAAGACCACUAUACCUAUAUCAAUAUGAAUUAUUUACAUUGGGAGAAUCACAGUCAGAUGUGGAAACCACGCGGCACAGUCGGAGACAAAUUUACCAUUCAGAGUAUAGAAUCAUUUCAACAAGACCUAGAGGGUGGAACUGAAACCUCUAAUGAAACAUAUCGUCCCAAUUCCCCAGCAGAGUGCUUUCCCUUGGCGUCUGGAGCUGGGAAUUAUCGACCUACAGAACCAUUGAUAUACACCCCUAGACAGUAUACUACUGCAAUAACACACACAGCACCAAAUAAGACUCACAAAGUUCCCAGACCAUUGUCAUCAGUCUUCAAGGAUAAAUUAGAUCUGAAACUUGACAUCCGCAAGCGACCAAAAUCUGCCGUAGCACUACGUUCUUCAUCACCACGGUCACAAGGCAGACAGACAGAAGGUUCACAUAAGAUGGUUGACUGGAAGGAAAGGGAAGAUCAAAAUUUUCAAAAUGGAGAUCAUACCCGUCUUGAAGGUCAAGGUUGUCACCAUGGUGAUGAUGUCAGGCAGAAGUCAAAUGAUGAUGUUGGGAAUACAGAGUUAAAAGAUGUUGGAAGUGUGAAUGCAUUAACAUCAAGUUCGAAGACCAAAUCUCCCAUAGGCGUAUUUAUCACAACUGGCAACGAAGCUGAUCAGGAAUCAUCUACAAAUAAUGUAGAUCAGUACAUCACCAAUAUGAUUGAGUCUUGCAUUGACAAGGCAUUAGAUUCCUUUCGAGAAGAUCCCACGGAGCAAUCAGAGUUAAAAAAUUCUACUAGUAAUGAGAUGGAGGUGAGUUGA